GACGAGACGAGACGAGACGAGACGGAAAGAAAAGAAAAGAAAAGAAAAGCAUGCGACUAUCGUCAGGUUCAAUACUGCGAGCCUCCCUCGUGGCGGCGGCGUGGCUCGCCUCCGCCGUCCUCGCGAUUCCGCAGGUCGUAGACCGCGAAGAUCCGCCACCGAAUCCUCCUCCGGCACUAUCGCCCCAGUCCCCGAUCGCGACGGCCGAGCAGGUCGAGAUCACGGGGCCCAACCAGACGACGGCGACGGCGACGGCGCCGCAGCAGCAGAACAAACCGCCGAUCCCCAUCACGGUGCACCUGUUCGAGAGCUCGCCGGGCGUCAAGACGUGCCGCGGGUCGGCGUUCGUCACGAUGGUGCUGCCGGCGGACGCGGCGAGGGAGCCCGCGUUCACGAGCAGGGACGGGCAGUGCUACGAGCUGUCCGAGACGGCGCAGUGCGGGAUAUUCGCGGGCAACAAGGCGGACGGGUGCGAGGCGAAGCUGUUCCGCGGGUCACGGUGCACCGAGUUUGCGAACCUGGCCGUGUUCCAGGAGGAGCUGCGGCCGGUGGGGGGCUUCUUCGCGAGCAUCAGCAUCAAGUGCGGCAUCGCGCCCGUGGAGCCCAAGCCUCUGAGCCUGGGGAACCUCGGCGGGAAGCUGCAGAAGCCGCCGGGCAAAGGGUCGAGGGCGGCGAGGGCAGUGGACGCAGCGAUGAGGGCUGCGUGAGGGCAGGGCAGGGCAGGGGGAAGGGGAAGGGGAAGGGGAAGGGGAAGCGGAGGGAGGGCUCUUCGGGAUUUAUUUCGGAUCUGGCAUGGUGAUUUGGCAAGGCG